AUGGAUGUCUAUGAUGAUCAUGCUAAUACAGAUGAGCAAGUUGUUGCUCUUUUGAUAGAGCGUGGAAAUCUUUCUGCAGAAGAAAUACGUCUACUGGCUCAACCUGUUAUCGAGCAAGAUGAUGAACCUAUUCAAGAGAAUCCGUCCUUAGAAGAAGAAGAAGAGAUUAUCCAAGAACCUGAACAAGCUCUUGUAACUCAAGAAGAAAAUGUUGUUGAAGAGUCGGUCCAAGCUCUUGUAACGCAAGAGGAAGAAAUUGUUGAGGAGCACGUUCAAACUCCUAACAUCAAUGAAAAAGAGGUAGUGAAAUCCCAUGUUGUCAGAACAGAGGGAUCUCAAGAAAAAGAGGAUCAAAAUGCUAGAACUGUCAAGCCUCUACCAUUUCCUGGGAUUAAUACUGGUAAUCUCUAUGAGAAUAUUCUUAAUCCUCUUCACAGCACGGGAAAUCUGUACGAAAGAGUUAAGAGAGCAGAAGAGGAGUUGGAAGAAGAAGAGCGAAAUAAAUCUAGAAAUGAGUCUAAGAAGGAUGAAUCCGAGCAAUCCCUGCAGGUUCAUACCCAAUUUGACCCAAUUCAGAGCAUGUCAGCAGAAUCGCAAGAUAAUUCAUCCAAUGAAGGAUCUUCUGUUGACGGUACCAAGCUCCUGAAGUCGAUGACAUCUCUAUUUACCUCUCAUCAGAAAAAUAUGGUAACUCUGGGAUCAAAUAUGCUCUUCAGUCGUCAAUCGAAAAUGAUGAGCCUUGAAAGGCAAAUCAAUCUUGAUAAUCAUCGAGAGAUCAUGGAAACAAUGGAAUUAUUUCAGAAUCAGCUGGUUGAAAUUCAAGGCAGCAUGAGAAGAACAGAUGCUGAAAGACUGGAGUAUGCUGCCUCCAUUGUAAGAAAAUUUCAAGCUAAAGAGAAUGCAAAAGCUGAUGCUGAGAAAGAACAGACUCGUAUUACUCAAGAUGAGCCUAGUAGAAGAGGUGAUGGUGUAUCAACCGGCACCAGAUCCAAACGAAUGUCAGUCGGUGAUGAAAACCCAAGGCCAACCAAAAGAGGCGGAGGCCGAAGUAAUGGUGGUGAUCGUGGUGGGCGAUCUGGUAGUGGUCGCGGAGGUCGUACUAGUGGUGGUGAUCGUGGUGUGAGAUCUGGUGGAAGCAAACGGGGUGGAGGUGCUCUUCCUCCAUUUCAAAACUUGCUAACUAGUGAAGGAAUGAGCAGUGGAGGAUUCACAUAUCCGAUCGAUCCUCGAGUGAAAAGGGAAGAACAAUAA